GUUGAUCUGAUCCCUGUGCUGGGAUCAGUUGCCUGCAAAUAUCCCCUUCUCUGACAUGCCCCUUCCUUCCUUCUAGAAUGCAUAUUUACUUAAUUAUUAACAACUUACUUAUUCAAAAAAGGAAGACUCUUUCUAAAUCAGUUACCUAACUAUGCAGGGAGAAGCAGGUUCGGGGAACUUCCAGUGCUGGAGAGAGAACAAUCAAAUUCAUUACAUAAAACCCUGAGAAAUUCAUUGGGAGGGAAAACACAUCUGACUGUGGGCUUGGGGAUAAAAUGGAAAAAAUACAGGGCAAGUCACUCAUGAAGGAAGAAGAAAGAAAUCAUAGAACUAUGGAAAUUGGAGGGGGAAAAAAAACCUGUCCUCUUUUUCUCCCUCUUCAUCCCUCCCUCUUGUACCCUUUUCUUCAACCCCUUCCUCUUCAGUCCAGGGAGAAUAUUAGCUUACCCUGAAUUAGGCUUCCCCAAAUGGGGUUAACCUGGCAAAUACUAUUUCCUUUUACUUCAAGGUAAAUGAAUUUCAACAAGCUACUCAAAACAUCUUGCACAAAACUUUAUCUGCUACUUUGGGGUGAAUUAAUUCAAUUACUAUUUUUUGAGCACUCAAGAGGUACAGGAUACUAUUGGCAAGUGAGUAAUGUAUCACCUCCUCAUCUCUGCUUCCUGCCCCCAAACCGCACCCCCCCCCCCCCCAAAUCCCUACCUCUCCUCGUUCAUCUUUCAUUUUCUCGGAAACUAACCCCUGGCUUCUGAUUUCCUUGUAAAAUAUAAAUACUUAGCCUGAAGGUCCCAGCUGUGCUCCUGUUGGGAUCCCUUGCAGCAAAUAUUGCUGAAUAACAGGGAUGGCGGGUGGGGGGUGGCGGGGAAGAAAAGGGGAGAGGAGGAGAGGGCUGCAAAAGGCGAGGAGAUGAGAGAGGGAGGGAAAAAUAAGACUCGUCUUCUAGUUCCAUUCAGAGCAGAAGGUCCACCCUGAUCCCCUUGGUUUUUGUCUCAGUGGAAACUGACUCCCUCCCAAAGAGAGACAGCCCGCUUUAGUCUCGGGUUGUUGACUUGGGCUCUUCAUUCUUCUCAAACCCUGCCUUGCUCCCUCCCUCCAGUCCCUGUCCCUCACUCAGAGGCGUGUCUUUCCUUCCCCUCCCCCCUUCCCCAAACAUCCAGGCAUCAGCCCCCUUACUGCUUUCACUGUGGUCCACUCAAUCGGUUUCGGCAGCAGCAGAAACGGAAGCAAGGGCAGCAGCAGCAAUAGUAACAGCAACAGCAGCUAGUUAGCUCCGCACUUUUUUUCUUUCUUCUCUUCCCCCCUUCUUUUCUUCCUUUUUAGAUUGGAAGCAAAUAGCAGCUGCGGCAGCAGCACAGCUGUGAGCACCUGUGAGCCCAGUGCCUAGAGUGCAGUGGAAGGAGGACUAACUAGCUGGGGAGCCUGUGCCAUCCACCCUCUGAGCAGAAGGAAGGAGAGGCAACUAGCCUGCUGCGAUCCCUCUGCUCCACGUAACCCACACACUAGCAAAGGAGUGUCCUGUUGCGUUCGUGGUGCUUGAUUGGCAUAGAACAUGUGGAGGCAAAAAGAGCUGACUGGCAGUACAUAAAAAAUUGUGCCCAAGUUUCGGAGAAGUGUCUGCAGUCACAGCCACGACCAUGUCAGCUCCUUGCUUGGACUUUGGGGAGGUGGAAAGUUUCCUGGACAGACAUCCAGAGCUCUUUGAAGACUAUUUAAUGAGGAAGGGGAGGCAGGAGGUGGUGCAGAAGUGGCUGAAGAAACACAGCGAGAGCCAGAGCGUCUCAGCCCCAGGCCACUUGCCUUCUGAGGCCAGUACCCUAGAGAGCAGCAGCUCUGCUCCUGGUUCUUCUGUCGUGGCUGGUAGUUGCCGUGGUGUCACUGUCCAGCAGGGGCCUGGGAGCAGUCAGUCCAAUGCAGGUGUGGGAGACUGUGGCACUGUUCCUAUGAGUCCCAGCUGGGCCAGUAGUAGUCGUGGUGAUGGGGGUCUACAGCGCAGGGCUUCCCAGAAAGAGCUGAGAAAGAGCUUUGCCAGAUCCAAAGCCAUCCACGUCAAUAGGACCUAUGAUGAGCAAGUGACAUCCAGGGCCCAAGAGCCACUGAGCAGCGUGAGGAGGAGGGCACUGCUUCGAAAGGCCAGUUCCCUACCUCCAACCACUGCCCACAUUCUCAGCGCUCUAUUGGAAUCUCGGGUCAACUUACCCCAGUAUCCCCCAACAGCCAUCGACUUCAAGUGUCACCUUAAGCAGCAUAACGAGCGCCAAUUCUUCCUGGAGCUGGUCAAGGAGAUUUCCAAUGACUUGGACCUCACCAGCCUGAGCUACAAGAUCCUCAUCUUUGUCUGCCUCAUGGUGGAUGCUGACCGCUGCUCCUUAUUCUUGGUGGAGGGGACAGCCUCAGGCAAGAAGAGCCUGGUUUCUAAAUUCUUCGAUGUGCAUGCUGGGACCCCCUUCCUUCCCUGCAGCAGCACUGAAAACUCUAAUGAGGUGCAAGUGCCUUGGGGAAAAGGCAUCAUUGGCUAUGUUGGGGAACAUGGGGAGACAGUCAACAUUCCUGAUGCUUACAAGGACAGAAGAUUCAAUGAUGAAAUUGACAAGCUGACAGGAUACAAGACGAAGUCAUUGUUAUGUAUGCCGAUCAGGAACAGUGAUGGGGAGAUUAUUGGUGUAGCACAAGCAAUAAACAAAACUCCCGAGGGUGUUCCAUUCACUGAUGAUGAUGAAAAAGUUAUGCAGACGUAUCUCCCGUUUUGUGGGAUUGCCAUAUCUAAUGCUCAACUAUUUGCUGCCUCAAGGAAGGAGUAUGACAGAAGCAGGGCUCUGCUUGAGGUGGUUAAUGACCUCUUUGAAGAACAAACUGACCUGGAGAAAAUUGUUAAGAAAAUCAUGCACCGGGCCCAGACGCUGCUAAAAUGUGAGCGCUGUUCUGUUUUGCUCCUAGAGGACAUUGAUUCACCAGUGGUGAAGUUUACCAAAUCCUUUGAAUUGAUGUCUCCUAAAUGCAGUGCUGAUACAGAGAACAGUUUCAAAGACAGCAUGGAGAAAUCAUCCUAUUCGGACUGGCUCAUCAAUAAUAGCAUUGCUGAGCUGGUAGCUUCUACAGGCCUUCCAGUGAACGUUACUGAUGCUUAUCAGGAUCCUCGCUUGGAUGCCGAAGCUGACCAGAUAUCUGGCUUUCAUAUAAGAUCAGUGCUAUGUGUCCCUAUUUGGAACAGCAAUCAUCAAAUAAUUGGGGUUGCUCAAGUUUUAAAUAGACUCGAUGGGAAACCUUUUGAUGAUGCCGAUCAACGUCUUUUCGAGGCCUUUGUCAUUUUCUGUGGCCUUGGGAUCAACAACACAAUAAUGUAUGAUCAGGUGAAGAAGUCCUGGGCCAAGCAAUCUGUUGCUCUUGAUGUGCUGUCUUAUCAUGCAACAUGUUCAAAAGCUGAAGUUGACAAAUUUAAGGCAGCCAACAUCCCUUUGGUCUCAGAGCUUGCCAUUGAUGACAUACAUUUUGAUGACUUUUCCCUUGAUGUUGAUGCCAUGAUCACUGCUGCUCUGCGGAUGUUCAUGGAGCUGGGAAUGGUGCAGAAAUUUAAAAUUGACUAUGAGACACUAUGUAGGUGGCUUUUGACAGUGAGAAAGAAUUAUCGCAUGGUACUGUACCACAACUGGAGACAUGCUUUCAAUGUGUGCCAGCUGAUGUUUGCCAUGCUAACUACGGCUGGGUUUCAGGAGAUUUUGACUGAGGUGGAAAUUUUAGCCGUGAUUGUGGGCUGCCUAUGUCAUGACCUCGACCACAGGGGAACCAACAAUGCCUUCCAAGCUAAGAGUGGUUCUGCUUUGGCCCAGCUUUAUGGAACUUCUGCUACCUUGGAGCACCAUCACUUUAACCAUGCUGUGAUGAUUCUGCAAAGCGAGGGCCAUAACAUCUUUGCCAAUUUAUCUUCCAAGGAAUACAGCGACCUCAUGCAGCUAUUGAAGCAGUCCAUAUUGGCAACAGACAUAACGCUGUAUUUUGAGAGGAGAACUGAAUUCUUCGAACUUGUCAGUAAAGGGGAUUACAACUGGAAUGUCAAAAACCAGCGUGAUAUAUUUCGAUCAAUGCUAAUGACAGCCUGUGACCUUGGAGCUGUGACCAAACCGUGGGAGAUCUCAAGACAGGUGGCUGAACUAGUAACCAGUGAGUUCUUUGAACAAGGAGACAGAGAGAGAGCUGAACUCAAGCUCACCCCAUCAGCUAUUUUUGAUCGAAACCGAAAAGAUGAACUUCCUCGGUUACAAUUGGAAUGGAUCGAUAGCAUCUGCAUGCCUUUGUAUCAGGCCUUAGUAAAAGUAAAUGCGAAGUUAAAGCCUAUGCUGGAUUCCAUUGCUGUGAACAGGAGUAAAUGGGAAGAACUGCAUCAGAAAAUGCUACUUUCUCAGACACCUUCUCAGCCUUCUGCCUCUUCCAGUCUCACUGUGUCAGUAGAAGAUAUCCAUUAAGCCAGUGGCCAGUGACUGCAAAAUGACUGGCUCUUAAAAGGCUCUCUUUGACUUUGCAGCAAUUGUUUUUAAAGCUGCCACCGACAAGUUUGGGUUGCAGAGGAUGAUCCCUCAGUCAGCAAGUGGCUUUCACCUUUGGGUUUAGUCAUUCAGAACAGCAAGUUGACCUGGAAUAAUCCCGGAGGAGGUGGGACCCAGAGAGUGCCACGGAUGACAGGGCCAUCUUUCCACUAUUGCUGUACAGAGCAUAUCUAUACCACAGGAUCUAACGCAGAAAAAAGUGUCACUGACCCAAAGCAAUGGCUAGAACGCCCUGGGAUUGGUCAGUGCUCACAGAAAAAGCCAAGGGAAAGCAGAAUGAGUGCAGAAUUACUGUGUUGUUUUACGUAACACACCACUAUUUGUUAUAAGCUAAACACUGCCUGCUUUUCUGUUCUGUGCUUGCUUUCACUGUUCUCCCUUUCAUGCCAGAAUGUCCCAAGGACCCUGCUUUAUAUUCUAUGGAAUUUUUUUUUUUACAAUGAAGUUUCUUUGUGAUUGUUCAGAGCCUUUAGAAAUGCCUAUCUUGGCUACUCCGAAAAAAAUGAACUGUAUUAUCCUUACAAGCCUCAGCUUAUGCCAGUUUCCCCCGAAGAAGUCCACAGUAAGAACGCAGUAAAUUUGUUUGGCUGGUGGAAGUUUAUAUAAAAGUAAUAACAUUGCAUGGGGAUUGUGGGCCCUGCAUUCAGAAGUGCUCUGUUCAAUAUUCACAGUGGAAUGUGUCUCCUCCCAGGAGAAGAGGAUUAACGGACUUUAAUUAAAGUAUGAAUGGAAAGGAAAUCUAUAGCUCUGAAGUUCACAAUCUAGAUUUAGCAUAAGUGGGUCAUGUUCUUUUUGGAAUUGUUUUCUCAGGAGAGGUAGGCAUUUCACAGCAAACAGAAUAGGCCUGUUGUCCCAUCCGACAGGGGCAUUGACUACCUCGAAUUUUCUCACCACUGGGUUUGUUUUGUCUUGGUAUAAAAUUUUAAUUCACAACUAGUUGCACCCAUCAAAAAUCAAUCCAAAAAACUGAAGGCAAAAACCCUCUAAUUUAGCCAUUUUCAUGGGAUGGUGAAAAGUAAAUAAUAGAAGGCUAAGAAACAAGUCUGGGCAGGGAGCACACAUUCAACAGCAAAGAAUGAGCCCUGUUCAAUUUGACUAAGCCAAUUGUGUAAGCUACCAAAACACCUUGUCUUGGAAACCUCCAGCUAUUUUGCAUGAGCUUUAAAACGGAACUUCUAAACUGGUUAUAUAACCCUGUUAAGAAAGUUGGAUGUUUUGUCCACAAACAAAGAAAGGCAUCAUGAUGGAUCGAGCAUCCCGAGAGGCAAUGGAGCAUAAUGGAAAGAAUCCUGUUAACCUAUCCCAGCUUCAGUUUCCUAGGCUAUAAAAUGAUUGAGUUCUCGAUUUCCUGGGUAAUCUUAGAUAAUUGAUUUAACCUCUGAGGGUCCAAUUUUCAAAUCAAGUGCAAAGUCAGAGCUUUUUUGUACCAGGGAAGGUUCUUUUCCGCUUGAAAUCUGUGAUCCCAGCCAUGAAUUCUAGUCCUAGGUAAGCAAUUUGGUCUUGAGCAAGUCACUUAACCUCUGAAUGUCAGCUUCCCCAUCUGUAAAAUGUGUAAAGUGAAGGGCUGUCUCAAGGCUCCUCCAGCUUUUACCGUUCUACUGAUGAGCAUUUCCACCUUUACUAAUCAUCACCUCUUUCCUUCAGUCCCCGAAUAUUUCAGGGAAUGAAAGAGAAGGAGAGCAGGGAGUGGAGGAACUAGGUAAUGCACCAAGAAAUGAAUUAUGGGCUGCAGAGAGAGGACUGUAUGAAGAGGUAAAUAAUAAGGCCGUUAUCUACGGAGACAGGAGAGGUGAAGAAACAAGCAGAGGAACAAAGAAAGUGCUGGCACCCAACAGUAGCUCACAUUUACAUAGCACUUUAAGAUUUGUAAAGCCCUCCCUGUAAAGCCCUGGCAGCACCCAGAGUGCCAAGUAUCGCUAUCCCCAUUUUAUCGACAAGGAAAAUGAGGCUCCGGGAAGGUAAAAGCCAGGAUGGGAACCCAGGUCAUAACUCCCCAAUCCAAAACUCUUUCUACUAAAUCAUGACGCAAAAAAACAGGGGGAGGGGUAAAAUGUGAAAGCAAGAUAAAAAGGAAAGGCUGCAUUAAGACUGAAGAAGGAAAGCUCAGAACAAGUGAAGGGUUUAGAAGGGGAGGGGCUGUGUAUAAAGGAGAAAUGGGAACCCUUAAAAAAUUAAUGCUUCUGACUACCUUUUACUGCUUCCUCAGCAGGGAAGAAUCGAGAAACUAUAGGAGAAAAUGAGUGUAGAAAGAUGCCUCAAUAGAGCAGGUAAGAGGAGGUCGUUCAGAUUUAUGGGCUUUAUUAUGCCCGUUUUCUGAACUGCCACGUAGUAAAGGAAAAUGGCUUCUUAGGGGCUGCCUUACUUCCUCCAGGUGAGGAACAAAGAUGGGUGGGGUCAGAAACAGCUGCCCCAAUCUCCGCUUUCAGAGCCACUGCAAGUGUUUAUGGGUAUUCUGCCACAUCAUGUUUACAUCACAAAAGGGAAUUGAGAAACAUUCCAAGCAAGGCAGAGACAAACCCACAUCUGUUUUCCUCAACCACUACAAACAAAUAGCCCAAAAAGGCUCAUGCAAGUCCAUCUAAAGCAAAUUUAUAUAAGAUGUGCUUUAUGGCCAAAAAAAAUAGAUCCAUAGUUUGACUUGAUACUGCAGGCAGGCAGUGCUCUCCUGAACGUUGAUGCUGCAUAUUGCUAAGUGUAACAUAAUUUAUAGGACAAACCCUACAGCCUCCACCAAGGUUGAGUUUUUCCUCUCAUUUCCUCUCCUUUUUAUUGGCUUCACUGCACGGUUGCCAAUAGCAACAUCCACUGGUAGCAAGGGGAGUUCAACACCAUUGCAACCUGCCAUACAGUGGAGCCCUAACAAUGUCAACCAUCAAUCAUGUAGCUGUUUGUAAUUGCCUCCAUCUAUUUUUCCUGUCUCGAGGUAUCUCUCCUAUUGUGGGUCAAAAUUCAGAAACUGCUGACUAAUGCCAUGAGUCUGUUCCUCCGUGGCCACAAAGCAGUGGAAAUGGAGUGUGGCAGGCUCCCGAACCUCAGUGACCCAGGAUUAAAUGUUGAAAUCUUCAAGUCUGAAAUCGGAAGGAAAAAAAAAAUCUUGAUGGCCUUAAGGUUUUUGAAAUGUUGAAUUUGGGUGGCUUUUCUUCUUACCUUGAUAACCUUUUGAAAUGUUUGGUUGUGCUAUAGUCAUCUUUUAAGAUGGAAGAAAUUAGAGAGGGGAAGUGGGAGAGGAGGGGUUGUUUGUUUUAUUGAUGCCUAUUGUUUAUGUACUGUAGUCAUUUCCAUAAGUGAUACCACCAGCUACCCACUGAACCUUCCCCAGUUAACAAGGAAAACAGUUCAGCAAAGCCAAUUUCCUGGAUUUCUUGAUAGUAUAUACAACAUCCCACAUUCAUCACCCUCUCCCACUCCCAGGAAAGGAAGGAGGUACAUACAUUUCUAUGUAUCAGCAAAAGAUCAGUCAUUAGUUACUGGAAGGUGAAAUUUCUACAACCCUUUAUUCUUAUUUGUUUGCUCUUCUGGAGAGUUUCUAACUUGUACCUGUCUAGGAAAUGACUCCUCAUAGGUGAGAAUUUGUUUGAUGAAUACAAAAGGGAUUGUUAUCAGGGUCUGUGUGGAUGGAGCUCAAGGUGAGGACGCCCAAAUAACUCCAUCUUCCUUUCAUAAAGAAUAAUUUAGCAUAUUAUCACUAGUAGUAUGGCUACACACUUUAACCUGAAACGGUCAUAGUAUAGGGGACCCUACAACAUAGUGGAAGAGCCAUUCAAUAUACAGGCAAUUAGAAGAAAUGGGUUCUAGUCUUGCUUUGUCUCUAGUAGCUGAGUAACCUUUGACAGAUUAUUUCAUCUCUAUUGUCCCCAUUUUCCUCCUCUGCAGAAUGGCAGAGUAAGAUGAAAUUAUCUCUGUCUCUUCUAACUUCAUGAUUAUAGACCAUGUCCACACUAACUCCAAGAUGUUCUUUUUCCUUGUUCCUGAUAACAACAAUUGUGUCUGUUACUUAUCUGUUGAUAUGACAUUUUUUAGUAAUAUUGAGACAAGCUUAAAAGGGUCAUCAUCACUGGGCAUUUGGGUUAUACAUACAUUUAACUGUCUCUGAACACAUCUCUAUUGACCCCAAAAGGCACUUCUAUACAAUUUAAAGUCAAAAUGAGAAAAGUUUACACAUAUUAUAAUCGACAAAGUUAGUAGAUUAAUUUAGAUUAAGGAAAAAUUAAGGAAACAGCAAUUAUGUGUUCCUCACCUGAGAAAUUUAAGAAUGUCUAUGUAUUUUUGGUAUGAUGUAUCUGCAAAGAACUAUCAACUUUAAAAUCUUUUAAGACAUGAUAUUAUUUUUGUUGAUGUUAUUAAAAAGCACUUGAUAUUAAUGCCAAGACAAUUUAGUAAGUAUUAUUUUCCUUUUCACUUAAAGCAUAAUAUUUAUCAUUCUUAUGAAAGUAUUCUUCCUAAGGAUAAUGAAGAGAGUGGAUGGUUUCACUUUAGGGUACAAUUAAUUUAAAAUCUUUUGUCUUGCCUGAUUCAAAUGGGUUGAGGAUUAUCAACAGAAUGGGACAAUUUCCUUCAAAUAGUAUAACAAUCUGGACACAACAUGGGGGGUUUAAAUUUAAAGAAAGAUGUUUCCAUUGAAAAGUCUUUAAAAGUUCCAUUUUAUUAAAAUAUAAUUUGAGAACCUGCUCUCAUCACUGUAGUGACUCUUUACUCUGCUUUGAAAUAUCAGCACUGGAAAAACACAUAGCAUGGUCUGCCGUGUGCAAUAAAGAAUUCCCCAAACCAGAAUGGAUCAGAAAAUAGAAAGUAUAUGAUAGUCCAGUUGACUUACAAGAAGUCAGGGAUUCCAUAAACUUCCUAAAUGGGCUGUGAUUGAAUGAAACAACAUCUCCAGCAGAAAUAAAAUUGGUGGAAGCAAAAGAAUCUGGGGAAUUUCAUGAAGAACAAUUUAAUUUAACAGUACCUAAUGGCAUGCCUAAGUUGUUGGAACACCAAUCUCUUUUCUUCAGCUGAUUAUUUUGGGCACCUUUUCCAAUUUACUUUCUAAUACACUUGCAUGUUUGGCAUUGCCUCUCCUAUGUGUGUGAAAAAUCAUGUAAUUUGUUUCCUUUGGUAAGUAGUUUUGUCUUCAGACAUAUGGACUCCUUCAGAGAUAAUAUAUUUGCUUUCUUAAGUGAAUGAAUUUAUAUGCCAUGAAUCUGUUCUUUAGGAUCAUCAUUUAGUUUUGUAUUCAUUUCCUGUAUAGACCUUAGAUCCACAAACAUUGCCGUGCUGUUACAGUUUAGAUUCAAAUGGAUUCCACCAAACUCCCUUUAAAAAUAAAAUCAAACCUAUGUAUGGCAUGACUUGGAAAUAACAUACUAGCCUUUGGUCUCAUCCCCAAGGGGGGGUGGGGGAAUCAUCCCUUGUGCCAUUUUCUUUUCUUUUCUUUUUAAUAUGUUGAAGAAUUCCCACCCGUUGACUUCUUAAUUAUUAUUGCUUUGCACAAAAGAAACCCCAAAACGUCUUUGGUUGAAUCAUUUGAAUUCCUUCACUUUGUGUGGCUUUCUAGGAUUGAUGUGUAACCAUUACACAGUCUUUAGGUUCUUUUUGGAAACGAACUGCUUUAUGAGACCAAAAAACAAAACAGAACCGCAGAACCGUUGGUUUCUAAUAAAAUGCUGAAGAACUCCA